AAUUAAGAUUUGUACAAAUUUGUCAUUUGGUUAAAAUGCCAGGGCAAAUUAGUCCAUUUGACAUGCCUUCACCACAAGUGUUCUUUUCCUGAACUUCGCCCACCCCUUUAAAGGACCAGAAAAGCGGGAGAUGCAGAUAUAGACUGCAGUCGCAACCCCACUCAGCCACAAAGAAAAAGGAAAAGGAAACGAAAGAGAAAAUCAGAAAUAGAAAAAAUAUGGAGAGGAAUCUUAAGAUGGAAAUUUAAUGAAAAGAUAAUCAGUUUAUUAAGUUAAAACGGAGAGGGAAUUUUUUUAUAUGACGAAUGGAAUAAUGCAAGAGCAAAAUCUAGAGGAGCAGAUUAGGAAACAAAUGGGUUGCAUGGCUGGUUUCCUUCAGAUCUUUGAUCGUCACCAGAUUCUUACCGGCAAACGCUUGUACUCCACCAAGCGUCUACCUCCUUCGCCGGCGAGUGAAACGACAUCAGAGGAAGAGAAGGCAGUUGAGUCACCUGUAUCAUCGAGAGAAUUAGAGAAGCGGCCACAAGGUCGGUUAGCACUGUCACCGGAACGUUCAAAGCGAUCUCCAGUUAUAUCAGAGCUCCGGUCUCCGGCGCCUGAACCGUCCACCCCGACGGGAAGCCAGAACAAGAUAUCUCUUCCGCUUCCAAUUUUCGAAUCCAAAGAAGGCGGCGGGAGGUCACCGUGGAAAUUAUCCAAAGAUGCUCCAAGGCUCUCACUCGACAGCAGAGCCGUCGUUGAUGCUACAGGAAGCCUCAAGCCCUGGGAGAUCCGUACAAACCAAUGCAAAAGCAACAGCGAAGAAAACGGAGCGGAUGAUAACAACAAACAACGGUCGCCUAGUGUAAUCGCGAGGCUCAUGGGACUCGGAUCUUUACCGAAUUCGGAUCCCGAACCUAAUGGAAACGCGGAGCUCCGAAGAUCGGCGUCGGAAGCUAGAGGCAGAGAUCUGUUUCAGUAUCGUUUUAUUGAUGGAGUUAAUUUCCAUUUAAAACAGAACCUGCAACAAAAUUUCCAAAACGAAGAAAUUCCGUGCAAUGUAGUGAGAGAAAAUGUAGCCAAACAAGAGCAUUUGAUUGGUAACAGAUCGGAAAGCUUGAGAAACGCAAGAACCGAACCAAUUAAAGCUCCGGUUGGAGGAAUAGGCCAAAGGAAAUGUUUCUUUGAUUCAGCCGACUUUUUUCCCGAGCCAAAGCAAACCGUUUCCAUCUACGGUGAGAUUGAGAAACGGCUUAAGCUUAGAGGAAUCGAUAAGCCGGCGAAAGAUCUCGAGACUCUUAAGAAAUUCCUAGAAGCUUCGCAACUCAAAGGCCUGUUACACAGCAAAAAACCUCCAAACCAAACGAAUAAGAGAAACUUUGUUUAUGAACAUGAACAAUCUCCGCUUCCCAUUAUCAAACCGGGAAGAUCACCAGCUUCCGCUGUCAGAAGGAUUGGCAACGAUUCGCCUCCUUCAAGUAAUAAGCCAAGACCUGGUCCUCACCGGAACUUGAGUAUCGAUGUUCCGCCGGCGAUGAGUUCGAGACGUGAUCGGCUGGGGAAUGAACGGAACCAAAGUAAGCGUAGGGGUUCAAUAUCUCCUGCAAGGAGUGAGUGCGGCGUGAGGAGUCCUAACAGAAGGCCGUUGAGCGUUGAAACGCAGAGGAGAGGGAAUGCUAAUGUAGAGCAGAGACGAGUAUCUCCGGUUCAGUCCCCUCGUGUUAAUGUGAGAAAAAUCGUAUUGGAUCAGACGACCAAUAGAUCAUCCAGUAACAGGAGACCAACGGCUGAGAUUUAUCAGAAAGAAGAGAAGGUCAUAUUUAUUCCAGCGGAGGAUGAAACAUCCACCGUUUCAGAGAGUAGCAUUAGCACGUCUUGUCAAACCGAUACGGAGAGAUCGAAGGUGGAGGAAUACAAGGAUGGGAGAAGCCUCUUGGAAAAGUGUGAUAAGCUGCUUCACAGCAUUGCAGAGAUGAUCGCUACAACUGAGUUGCAGUCGAGUCCUGUCUCGGUACUUGACUCGUCGUUUUACAAGGAUGAAUCGUCUGUUUCCCCAGUUAAGAAACGGAGCAUUGAUUUCAAAGAUGAUACGUGGAGUCCAGCGGCAAUCUUAUCAGAUGAUUCCAAGUCCGUAGACAAAUCAGAAGUUUGUGAUUUCAUCUACAUUUUCGAUAUCCUGAGGGCAUCCAGUUACUUGCUUGAUGACUCCGAUAUCUUCUUGUUGCUGGAGAAGCAACAACAUUUAAAAGGUAAAGACACCUCCAAGGUGUCUAGACUCCAAAGGAAGCUUAUAUUUGACACCAUCAAUGAAAUCCUCAACCGAAAGAGACAAUUGCCGGCAUGGAAGCUCGUAAGUAGUACGAAAUCAGGGUGUGGAGAACAGCCAUCAUUGCGGCAAAUUUGGUCCGAAUUCCAAAAGAUUCGGGAGAGAGACUCGUCGGAUGACUUGUUUGAGGUGAUUUGUAGUGUGUUGAGAAAAGACCUUGCAGGGGAUGCCAUUAACGGUUGGGGAGAUUACCCCAUCGAGAUGUCCGAAUUAGUCCUCAAUAUUGAACGGGUAAUAUUUAAAGACCUGAUCGUCGAAACCAUCUGGGAUCUCGCUGCUGCUUCUGGGAAAAGUAAUAAAAUUCGUAGGCAGUUGGUAUUCUGAUGAAGAAAGAGGGGAAAAAAUUUCUUCGGGCUCUUUAUUGUAGUUUUAUUAUUAUUAUUAUUUUCUUAGCUGUUUUCCUUAUUUAACAAAGGAUAAAUCUCAUAUUACAUUUUAAUUAUUUAUAUUUAAAAUAUUACAUUUUGUCACUUAUAUUAAUAUGUUGUAAUAUUUUAGUCAUUGAGUCAUUAAUUAUUAUUAAUAGUGUAA